GCAAGCUGUAUUGGCUAAAGUACAUGUCUCGGAUAAAAUGCCAGACAUCAGGAAAAGGGAUAGUCGCUCGGCUUCAUUCCUUCUCGUCGGUGCCACUUCCGGCAUCGGGGCAGCAAUGGCGGAUAAGCUUGUAGAGAACGGUGCCAAAGUCAUCGCCGUCGGUCGGCGCCAAGAACGACUCGAUGCAUUUGCCAAGAAGCAUGGCUCGAUCAAGGCGGCUUCCAUCAGGUUCGACAUCACAGACAGGGCAGGUCUCGAUGGUUUUGUGAAUAGGGUUGUCGAUGAGUUUCUUGGUCUAGACUGCGACAAAGUGAUACCGACAGGCUUGAUCAUUACCGGCACACAUCUUUCUCUAAUUCCUGCGGUGACUUUGCCAGCAUACUCUGCCUCCAAGGCCGCUCUUCAUACCUAUGUCUAUUCUUUGAGGCAACAACUACAAGGGUCUAGCACUAAAAUCAGCACUAAAAUCAUCGAGAUUUUGGCUCCCCUAAUGCAGAUCGAAUUUCAUGACUACAUUGGCAAAGAGCAAGGUCGAUCGAUGGGAAUGCCUGUUGAUGUAUUUGCCGACGAGAAAUAUAAGCAGCUUGUCCUAGGCACCGAACACAUUCUGGUUGGUUCAGUCGGUCCCGAAGAGCCAUUUUUGGAGUUGUUCAAGGCAAGACAGAAGCAGUUGGAUGAUCUAUCGAAUUUCAUGCUCUCUCUCCCUCCUGGCUAG